AUGAGGUCACAAAAGCUGGUGCCCUUGUCCCAGUCAUCACCCCCAUGUCACAAACGUGUCCCUCUGGUUCCACCAGGCAGAGUGGCAAGGCAGUCUGUCACUUUACCCCCAGACCACCCCAGGCGAAGACCCUUCGUGGGACAGCAGGGUGUCAGCAUGGCGUGGACACCGCCUUUCUCCCAGAGCUUCCAGCCAAACAACCCCGACGGGGACAGAGAUGCUGCCUCAGCUUCAGAGCCAGACCCCAGCAGGAGAGAAGACCACUUCUGGCAUAGAGAACCCAGCCAAGCCACACCACCAGCCACAGUCAAUCCUAGACAGCAAGAAGAGGCACGGCAAGGUGAGGGCAGUGGCAACAGCCUAGUGCAGCAGCAGCAGCAGGUGCGGGCAGAAGACCUGCUCCACUUGGUCCAGGAGUUCAAUGGGGCUGCCUGGCUCAGAAAAAAAAAGCAGCGCAUGAAAAAGAAGUAUUUUAACAAAGAGAAUAAGCUAGGGCAACAGGGGAGGGAGGACCUCACAGAGCAGUAUCCCUGUGCACCUUCCUCCAGUGGUUUCAGGAGGAAGAGUGGCCAGCAGGGCCAGCGCAGGUCUCCUGUGCAUGGAACACGUAAGCAGCACAGGAGGGCACGCCGGCGGCGGCGUGACAGAAGGAGGAGUCAACAACAGCGACGCACUGAGCCCCUCCAUCAAGACCAAGCAGGUGGACAGAGCAGCAGUGGUCAAGAUGAAGGGCUGCUCUGGAAUGUGAAGAAGUGCUGCUGGGCCAAGAUCUCACAGGUGCCAGAGGAGAUACUGCAAGAGGCAAGCAGGCGCCUCCGCCCCAUGAACAUGGCAGGGUACUGCCUGCCAGGGAUGUGCACACCUCACCACACCAGGGCCCCCAAUCAGUACACGUGGAGAAAUGAAGAGGAAUCGGUAGCAGUGAUCUCUGGAGGAAGCUGUAACUAUAGUACUGCAGCUGAGGACUUCCUGCUUGUGGACCCUCUCCCUUCUAUGGUCCAGAAGGAUGAAUUCACAUCUACAGAAGAGGAGGAGGAGGAGUAUGAGGAGAGGACAGAGAUUGCCCACCAAGAGUAG